AUGAAGGCCUCUACUACUGCCGCCGCUGCUUCUCUGUCCUCAAGAUUGCAAAAGCUCGUCCCAUCCAGGAAGGUGAAAACGACUACAAACGUCAAUCAUUUCGAUGCGGCGACACUCGACAGAGGAUGGUUAAAUCCACGAGAGGAGGAGGAAACGUCACCGAUAAGCGUUCAGAUCUGUAUUUUUCAAGCUCGAUCUAUAAGCACUCAGGAAGGGAUGGCUAAAUCAACAGUUGAAAAUCGCAUACCAGAUGCAGAUCUAUAUCAUCGGGGAAGAGAGCUCCUUGAAGGAUUGGUAUCGUGA